AUGAAAGUUUUAAAAAUGUUCCAUCUUUUACAACCAGUAUCCACAUCUGAAUGUUCAUCAUCAUCAACUGUAACAGCAAUAGCAAGAUCAACAACAGAUUCAUUAAAUACAACAACUAUAACCUCACCAACAGUCACUUCAAACACAGAGUUAUCAUCAUCUACAGCAUCAUUAACAUCUUCAUUAUCAGAUAAAUGGCAGUUUACAAUAUUCUCACCAAAGGUUUUUAAAGCAAUAAGAAAAUAUUAUAAUGUUGACAAAGAUUUCCUUAGAACCAAAUCAUCAAUAGGCAGCCCAGGGAUAUCUGAUAUUGUUAAGUUUUUAGAGGUUCAAACUGUGGGUAGAAGUGGUAGUUUUUUCUAUAGAUCAGAGGACUCUAAAUACUUUUUAAAAACAAUUCCAUCAAGCGAUGCCCAUAGAGAUAUUAUAUUUGUUGUAAUGGUCAAUCUUUUCUAUUCUGAACAAAAGUUGGAAAUUAAAGAAAAAUAUGAUUUAAAAGGUUCAACAAUAGGUAGAUAUGUUGAUGUUAAUAAAAUUAAGCAAAAAUUAGAAAAGGAGCAACAACAGCAUCACCAUCAAAACGGUACAGAUAGUUUGAAUACAAAUAAUAGUAGAAAUGAUCAAACUCAGGAUUUAACAUUCAAGGAUUUAAAUUUAAAAAGAAAGAUUCAUUUGGGUAAAUUAAAAAAAGUAUUUAUACAACAGUUAUCAAUCGACUCUGAAUGGAUGAGCCAUGGUAUAUGUGAUUAUAGUUUAUUGGUUGGUUUAGAUAUAAGUGACAAGAAAUCAAUUCAAACUCUUAAAGAAUCUCAAGGUCCAAAGUCACAUGAGAAAAAUGAUAUAUCCUAUUUCAAAAAGGAUUUUAAUGGUAUUUUUGAAAAGAAUUCAUACCCUUCCACAAUCGCCAUCAUUAUCAACUUCAAAUAUAAUUUAUAG